AUGGCCGUUCAAUUAUUAUCCAUAUCUGCUAUCUAUAUUGUUUUCCUUUUUCCAUGGACAAUCUUAUAUACUGCUUAUUCAGCCGGUCUACCAAGUAGUAUAGCUGCUAAUUAUUAUUCAAUUAGCUCAUAUCUUUCGUACUUUGUUGUAAUGCUCACUCCAUUUGUUUGUGUUAUGUCAUUACCUGAACUUCGAAAGAAGUGUACAAAUAUUCUAUUAUUUCAAUACAGACCAACACGUGCUGUUCAUCCAGAGACAUUGACGGUCACUCGUCUAAAUCCUCCCCGAGCACUCUCAAUUAUGCCAAAUGCUCAAUAA